AUGGACUACCUGGAAAGUCCAUCUCUGGCCUUUCCAGUUGGAUUUGAACCCAAGGGAUUAAAGGGAGCCCUAAUGCUCAGACUUUGGGAUAUUGAACAGAAGUUCCUCUACCUGAAGAACAAUGUGCUGGUAGCAACCCCACCAUAUCCCAAUAUGCCAGUGUAUUUUAUGAGUGUGCUUGUAAACAGAAGCCUAGAUUCAAAAAAACAACCCGUCUUUAUGGGCCUUGAAAACGGGCAAUUCACUCUCUCCUGUGUGAAAUCUAGUGAGGGCCAACCUCAGCUAAAGUUAGUGGAGAGAGACAUCAUGGAGCUUUACUUCAAACCUGAGAAACAAUUGAGUUUCACAUUCUACAGCAAGAUUGACGGCAGCCCAGAGACUUGCAGCUUUGAAUCGGCAGAGUUCCCGGGUUGGUUCCUAAGCACUUCCUUUGAGCCAAACAUGCCAGUUGGGCUCAGUCAUCCAGGAGGCACUGAGAACACUCUCUUUUAUUUUGAAAAAAAGGUCCAAUAG